UUUUUUUUUUUUUUUUUUUUAAUAGUGACCUCCAAUUUCUGCGCUUUGUUUCUGCUUUUGCUUAGUUUUUUAGCUUUCUUGUUGCUUCCUUGUAUAAACAAAAGGGAAAAGUAUUGUGUGUUGUAUAUAGAAGAAAAGGUUGCCGUUCUGUCGAAGCUGCUCUGUUUAUACUUUCUGUUAUCAGGUCUGCAAUUUCGAGUUGUUGUUUUCUCCUUUUUCAAUUAGAUUUCCAUAUUUCUUUCUGCUAAAUUAGGCUGGAUUAUAAAUUCUUUGUGGUUAACUUCUAUGCUAUACCGAAUAUGUUUUCCGGAUUUCAAGUUUGUUCGAUUUUAUUUGGGGUCUGCUAAUUUUGGAGCUGUAAAGCUCUUGAAAUUACAGCUGAAUCGGACUUAAAGGUUUUGGCUCUGUGCGUUGCGGCGAGAAAUCGCUUUGUCAUGGAUGAAGCUUAUGUGUUAGUGUAUAUGUCUGUGUCUGAAUAGUUGAUGGGCUUCGGAUGAAUUGGUGUUAUUCAUUGUACCAAUUGAUCAAUAAUAAUGAAUAUAUAUGUUGCUUAGCAGAAAAGACGUGGAACUUUUGUGAGAUUAGGAUGGAACACAGUGAUGUUGCAUGAUUCAUUGAAUGAAGUGGCCAUAUGUGGGAUACUUUUGUGGGAAAUUCACUUUUGUCCGUGUAGAUGAGUUGUGGAGAUAAAAGAGGGUGCUAGGAGGGUCUUUGAAGCAAUGCAGGUACGAACUGUUGUGACCUGGAAUACUAUGAUCAGUGGGUAUUGCCGAAAUGAUAGUCCUAAAGAGGCCCUAAUGAUUUACAGGAGAAUGGAAGAUGCUGGUGUUCACGCUGAUUGUGCCACUGUGCUUUCUGUGUUGCCUGCGUGUGGGUGUCUGAAGAACUUUGAGAUGGGCAGAGAGGUUCACUCACUGGUCGAACAAGUAGGUUUUCGGGACAAUUUGUCUGUUUGGAAAGCUGUCGUUGAUAUGUACGUCAAGUAUGGAAGAAUGGAUAAAGCAAGGUCGGUUUUUGAGAAGAUGAUCGAUAGAGAUGUGGUUACUUGGACUACAAUGAUCCACGGUUUCAUUUCAAUUGGUACUUAAAAGAUGCACUAUGGUUUUCUCAAAGGAUGCAGCUUGAAGGUGUAAAGCCGAAUGCAGUAACUCUCGCAUCCCUUCUUGCUGCAUGUGCCAGUUUGCCUCAUUUGAGGCUUGGCAAAUGCCGCAUGGCUGGGCUAUCAGGCUG